UUGAUUGAAGAAAAGAUUAAUGAUGACGUUAUGCGAAAUGUUCUUGGAUUGACUGACGAGGAGGUUGUGAGUAGUGAUUUUAUUGGAGACUCGAGGAGCUCAAUAGUUGAUUUCAACGCGUCCAUGCAACUGUCGCCAACAUUUUUCAAGAUAGUCAGCUGGUACGACAACGAAUACGGAUAUUCCUGCAGACUGGUAGACUUACUAUUUUUUUUGGCAAAAAAAGACAGAAGGAUUAGCGUGAUGCGAUGA